AUGAAGUCCUCUAUCGCCUCCCUUCUUGGAUCCGCAGCCCUGGCGGCUGCCCACGGUUACGUCUCUGAUGGUCUCAUCGGUGGCACCAACUACACCUUCUACCAGCCCUACCAGGACCCGUACACGAGCCCGGCCCCCGAGCGUAUCUCCCGUCCCAUCCAGGGCAACGGCCCCGUUGAGGACCUGACCAGCAUCGACCUCCAGUGCGGUGGCUACACCGCCGGUGGCGUCAAGGGCUCCUCCCCCGCCAAGCUCGUCGCCGAGGCCAAGGCUGGUGACGAGGUCACCCUCAACUGGACUCUCUGGCCCGAGUCUCACAUUGGCCCUACCAUCACCUACAUGGCUAAGUGCGCCGGUGACGACUGCACCACCUUCACCCCCAACACCGACAAGGUCUGGUUCAAGGUUCAGGAGAGCGGCCGUGAGGGCACCUCCAACACCUGGGGUGCCACCUCCCUCAUGACCGCUGGCAACUCUGGUGUCAAGUACACCAUCCCCGAGUGCCUUGCCCCCGGCCAGUACCUCGUCCGCCACGAGAUCAUCGCUCUCCACGCCUCCUACUCCUACCCCGGCGCCCAGUUCUACCCGGGAUGCCAUCAGAUCAAGGUUACCGGUUCCGGCAGCACCAGCCCCUCUGACCUGGUUGCCUUCCCCGGUGCCUACGCCGCCACUGAUGCCGGUAUUACCUACGAUGCCUACAAGGCCCAGGAGUACACCAUCCCCGGCCCUGCCGUCUUCUCCUGCUCUGGCUCCGGUUCCGGCUCCGGCUCUGGCUCCGGCGCUGCUUCCUCCGCUGCCCCCGUUGCCACCUCCGCUGCUGCUACCUCCGCCCCGGCCGCCACCUCUGCCCCCGCCACCUCUGCCGCUGACGACGACGAGGACUGCCCCGCUGAGUCUGAGGCUCCCGUCGCUACCUCUACUGCCGCCGCCCCCGUCGCUACUCCUACCCAGGCUGCCUCCGACGAUGAGGAGGACUGCCCUGCC